AUUCUACGAAAUCGAUCGAGGGACAGUUUUGUGUUAGUGGCGAUCGGAUCGGACCGAAAGGUAAUUACGUUCCGUUGAAGUGAGAACCGCUGGCACAUAUAGUCAUACAUAGAUAAUUCAGCGUUUAUCGCAGCCACUCGGAGUGAUUAGAUUGUCAGGUGGAAUAUGUAGUGGGACGUUUGCAAACUCUACCUUUGAUGCCGCCUCGCUGUUAGUUCGCAUCGGUACAUAAUGACAAUGAGAGGUGGCUUUUUCCGCCUGGCCCUACUGGUGGUCUCCUCCCUGUUUGCCUUUCUCCUGCUACUGACCGCCCUCCAGCAUACGGAUCGCUUGCGGAUAAUCACCAGUCUGGAUGAUAAAUCAAAUUCAAAGCCACCACAACAGCCCCAACCACAUCCGGUGGUUCAGUUAGUAAAAAUAACACCACCACCGGUCCACCAUCUGGAGGAGCCGAUCGAUGAGGAAUUGGUAUUGCAAUUGGAACAAGAACUGCCGGAAGUGGAUUAUGCCUUCUGGUAUUACACAGCCAAGCCGAAGAAAUAUCGAUAUAAUGCCACAUGCGGUUCGUAUCCGGAUCCGUUGGAUCUGCAACUCCAUAACAUCUACUGGCAGACGUUCGUCAAUUCGAAUGUAACCUUUCGCCUGUACGCCGCCUAUUUGGAUCGCAGGGAUGCGGUUAAGUUGCAAACGGUGAGGAUAUUGGCCACCGCCAAUCAAAUAGGUGCCGAAUUUCCGGCCACCCAGUGCCAGUUUUGGUUCGAGGGCAAUAACAUGCCGGUCUAUGUGAACGUUACCGAGUACGUUAGUGUUUGGGUCAAGGCCUGGGGCAACAAGCCCCAGCUAAAUUAUCCGCAUCUGCUCAGCUGCCCUGUGCCCAAGGAGUUGCCACCAAAUCUUGUGAAAUCCUUGCCCAGAACAGUGUCUUUGGUGGCGAAUAAAUGUGAUCGGGCCACUAAUUCAUUGAGGAUUAAUCAACAGGAGAAGCAAAGCGAUCCUCCAAAAAGGACGGCAAGUCAAGAGAAGGUCCUCACUGGCAAUGCAACUUCUUCGAGUCAAAAUAUCACAGGUUUAGUGCCCCUGAACUUUGGAGUGUGUGUCAAGGGAUUCGAUUUUCCGUAUGUGGAUCUGUCGGAGCGUCUCAUCGAGUGGUUCGAAAUCCAACGGAUACUGGGCGCCUCCAAGAUCUAUGCGUAUAUGUAUGAUGUCCAUCCGGCGGUGCAGCGGGUUCUGGACUAUUAUCAGCGAACUGGUUACCUGGAACUGCGACCCCUGACCCUGGCGAAUGGAAUGCCACGAUUGAGGCACUACCAGCACAUGCUCCUCCAGAAUCGUCGGCUGGAGAAGCGUCUUAACGAACUGAUACCCUAUAAUGAUUGCUUCUAUCGGAAUCUGUACAGGCACGACUUCCUUGUCAACGUUGAUGUGGACGAGGUGAUAAUGCCACUAAAUGGCAACCGGAAUUGGGAUCAAUUGGUCCACACCGCCUACAAGAUGGAGGAGGAGAAGGGCGGCAAGUGUGCCGGUCGAUUUCCGGCCUUGUGCUUCAUAAAUACAUAUUUCACUAAAGUGGAACCGGAGCUUCGCAAUCACGAGGAGCAGGCCAUCACCGGUGAGCUGUAUAUGUUGCAACAUACGUUGCGGCAUCGAAACCAUUCACUGCCCGGUCGUGCCACCAAAUGUUUCCACAACGCUCGGCUAUCCCUUACGCUGCACAAUCACUUCACCCUCAAAUGGCUACCCGGUGCCUGUAAUCCUCGAACCAUUGACAUCUCGGUGGCCCAAAUGCAUCACUAUCGGGAACCGGACUCUAAAUAUACGAAUCAGGAUCUUGUGGAGGAUCGUAGUGUCUGGCCGUUUGCCACCGAACUGAAGGCUGCCGUCGAACAGGUCUGGCUUCAUAUGGACGAUGUCCUGGCCCAGGUCAGUGAUCCCGAGGAGCAAGAGGAGAUGGACGUUGCACUCGAUCAGGAGGGUGAAUCGGAAGUUGAAAUGCCACCACCAGUUCCGGUUCCAGUCUCUUAGCUUAGGUAUUAUUUUAUCAUAUAGGUCAUGUAAUGUUUGGUACUUUUCUGGACGAGCUUUUUUCUUUAAAGAUUUGUUCAUCUCUCCACAAAAUAGGUUUAUCUUUUCGUUUAUUUUCUUUCAUUUUGUCCGUAAAAGGUUCAUUUUGUUCUUAAAAAAUGAAUUUCAAAGUUUAUUUUGUCCGAAAAGAGUUCAUUUUGUCCGAAAGGUUCAUUUUGUCCUCAAAGAGUUCAUUUUGUUCUGAAAAAAGUGUAUUGAAGAGUUUAUUUUGUCUGUAAAAGGUUAAGUUCUCCAUUAAAUAUAAUUUUAACUUUUUUUUAUUAUUUUAUUUGAGAUAAAGCCAUUUAAUACCAAGCAUUUAACAAUCGUCACAUCGAUUAAAAUUAGUAUAUAGAAACAUUGUUUUUUUUUUAUCCCAAAAAUAUUUAUUGAAACAAAUAUACUCACUAAUUUAAAAGUA